AUGAGUGUUGGCCGUGCACAUUCUAAACUACAGCUUCUCGUUCUCGAAACCUACCGCGACUUUCUACGAGUCAUCAAAGCCCUUGACCCAUCCGUCCGCGAACAAGUUCGGCGCGAGUUUCGUGAAGCUGCGACGCGUUUUCAACCGUCUGAAGUGCUGCUUAUCGAAUAUCACCUUCGAAGAGCGAAAAGUCAGCUAAAACAGCUUCAGAAAGGCAGUGUGACUUCUAUUGGGAACAUCGCCGUAAAGCAUCAGGUCCGCGUUUUCACUGCGCUUUCUGAACUGUGUGGUGUGUUCGUAGAUAGUUCUUAA